UUUGGUAACAGAAAGUGAAACUUACUGACAGUCACUGAUUCCUAGAGGAGAAAUGGCGCAGCAAUUGAUUCAGCUGGAUCAAGAAAAACUGAACUGUUCAAUCUGUCUGGAUCUUCUAAAAGAGCCGGUGACUAUUCCCUGUGGACACAGCUACUGUAUGAGCUGUAUUAAAACCUGCUGGGAUGAGGAUGAUCAGAAGAAAACACACAGCUGCCCUCAGUGCAGGAAGAGCUUCACACCGAGGCCAGCCCUGGUGAAAAACAUCAUGUUUGCAGAGUUAGUGGAGGAGGUGAAGAAAGCAAAUAGAUCUACUUCACCUGAUCAUUUCUACGCUGGACCUGGAGACGUGGCCUGUGAUUUCUGCACUGGGAGGAAGUUGAAAGCCUUCAAGUCCUGUCUGAUGUGUUUGGCCUCUUACUGUGAACAGCACAUUCAGCCUCACUACGAUGUAGGUCCUUUAAAGAAACACACGCUGGUCGAAGCCACUUCAAAGCUUCUGGAGAACAUCUGCUCUCGCCAUAAUGAGGUGAUGAAGAUUUUCUGCCGCACUGAUCAGCAGUGUAUCUGUUAUCUCUGCUCCAUGGAUGAACACAAAGGCCACGACACAGUCUCAGCUGUAGUAGAAAGGGCUGAGAAGCAGACAGAGCUCGGGGUGAGUCGUAAAAAAAUCCAACAGAGAAUCCAAGACAGAGAGAAAGACGUGAAGGUGCUUCAACAAGAGGUGAAGGCUAUCAAUCUUUCUUCUGAUAAAGCUGUUAGUAAGAGUGAGAAGAUCUUAACCGACUUCAUUUGUCUCAUUGAGGAAAAAAGGUCUGAAGUGAAGCAGCAGAUCAGAUCCCACCAGAAAACUGAUGUGAGUCGAGUCAAAGAGCUCGAGGACAAGCUGCAGCAGGAGAUAACUGAGCUGAGGAGGAAAGAUGCUGAUCUGGCGCAGCUCUCACACACAGAGGAUCACCUCCAUUUUCUGAACAACUACUCCUCUCUGUCACAUCUGAGUGAAGCAACACGUUUACCCAGCAUCAAUCCUCAAUCACAGCCAUAUUUUGAGGAUGUGACAGCGGCAGUGUCAUGGGUCAGAGAUAAACUGCAGGCAGUUCUGAAUGAGGAGUGGGAAAAGGUCUCGUGGACAGUGACUCAAGUCGAAGUUUUACCGCUGCAAGGAGAACCUAAGACCAGAGCUGAGUUCUUGAGAUAUUCACAAGAAAUCACACUGGAUUCAAAUACAGCACACACACGUUUGUCAUUGUGUGUCAGGAACAGAAAAGCCACAUUAAUGAAUGAGGACCAGCUAUAUCCAAGUCACCCAGACAGAUUCCUUGAACUGUGGCAGGUCCUGAGUACAGAGGGUCUGACUGAACGUUGUUACUGGGAGGUGAAGUGGAGUGGUAAAGUUUCUAUAGCAGCUGCAUACAAGGAUAUCAGCAGAACAGGGCCCAGGAACAAUUGUAGAUUUGGAUUCAAUGACAAAUCCUGGGCAUUAAGAUGUUACAAUGGUACUUAUGAAUUCAGACAUAACAAUAAAUCUACCUCCAUCCCAGGCCCUCGGUCCUCCAGAAUAGGAGUGUACCUGGAUCACAGGGCAGGUACUCUCUCUUUCUACAGCGUCUCUAGAACCAUGAAUCUCCUCCUCAGAGUCCAGACCACCUUCACUCAGCCUCUCUAUCCUGGUUUCUGGCUUCCAGGUUCUGCGGGAGACACUGCUGAGUUGUGUGAACUCAAGUAGACAGGAGUAAUUACACAGUUUCAUCUGCUACACACAGUGAGGGUUAAACUACCUGGCAAAUAUGUACCUUUGAUAUCUGACCUUUAUUUUGAAAAGACAUGUUUAAAUUGAAUAAGCUUGUCAUCAUAUUCUGUACAUGGGGAAUAAUACACACCUGAAAAACGACCGAUGAAAAACUGUUACGAUAUCAGUGGGCUUAAUUAUAUUUGUGUUAAAAGAACAACACAUGUAAGACUUCAAAUAACUCUUCUUACUUACUCUCUUACUCAUAUGUUUAUGGAUGUAACUCAUAUAAUUUUUUGUUUACAUGUUUAAUCACUAUAUUUAUAUUCUGUUUG